UUGUACAAAUGUAUAGAUGCUCCUCGCUAAUAAAUUGACCGACUUGAACUUAAAGAAUUCUGUCUGUUGUGUUUGAGAAGUUACCUGGAGGAAAUCAAUGAAUCGGCAUUCCUGUUACAAUAUAUUUUAUUUUCAUCACAAAUUAUCAUCAAAGUUCCAUGGUACUGAUUUGCUGAAUAACUGAGAACGACCCAACUACUUUUUUGACCAUUGAAAGAAAAUAUAAUUUUUUUUCUUUAGAUUUAAAAACUGCUAUUUAAACAAAAUAAUAUGUGAUAUAUUAUCUGUUAGGUACAGGGAAAGACUUAAAGCAAGGGGCAGUAAACCUCAACAGAAUAAAUCAGCAAGGUUCUAACCAGGAAGGAGAGAGAGAAAAAGUGAGAAUACUGGAGACAGAAAAAGGCUGAAUCAAGAUCAAGACAUUCCAGCCAAAAAAGGAGGAGAGUAAAGGAAAAAGAUAGAGAGUAUCGAAGAACAUUGAAAGAAAGAAAAGCAAAUAUGACCGAGGAAACAAGACGAUGUAAACCAAAAAGUAAAAGGACAGAAACACAGAGAAAGCUGCAAUUUCUGGACAAGUCUUCAGCUGUCUUGCAAAACAUCAUCCAUGAUGUCAAGGCAUUAAAAAGAAAGUUUAUAAGAAAAAUGUCUUUCUUGAAGAAGUACAGACUCAACAAUACAUUGUCAAAAUACAUUGGGAUCAGGGAAUCAGUUAUUAGCAAGGGCUCCAAAAUCCAAGAAGAUUCUCAAAGAAAGCGAAGGAAGGAUGCCACGAGUGAGGAUGUACAGAAAUUGAUUGGAGACUUUUUUGAAAGGCCAGAUGUCUCAACAAAUCUUCCGUCAGCAAAGAGAGUUUAACAGGACAAUUUGGAAAGGAAAGUGCUGGACAAGCCCAUAACCUCAGUGUGUGCAGAUUUCAAAGAAAACCACCCCAAUGUUUCUGUCAGUAAUGAGUAUGUCAACUUUCAAAAGGAACAAGCCAAAUAACAUUGAGUCAACUAGAAAGCAACACUUGUUUGUUGCUGCAUGUCAGCAAGACCUAUUCUCAAAAUUACGAAAGAAAAUUCCUGAAGGCUAUGUAUUGCUGAAUAUGGAUUUUUCAGAGAACUUUGCAUGUAUAUCUCAAAAUGAAAUACAAAGUGCUCACUGGUGGCAUGAACAAGUAACAAUUCAUCCAAUUGUUGCCUUAUACAGAUGUUUGAAGGCAGGUUGUGAUAAAACUGUAGUAGAAUCACUAAUCUUCAUUUCAGAAAACAAACAACACGAUGCACAUGCUGUAAUGAAAUUUGUAAAAAUAGCAAACAAGCAUCUGACAGAGCAACAAGGACUUGUGAUCAAUAAGGAAAUCUAAAAUGUCUGAUGGAUGUUCUGCUCAAUAUAAGUCAAGACAACCAUUAACUGAUUUGUCAUACGGUAUCUUGGAUUUUGGGUUCCCAUCCGAAAGACAUUUCUAUGGUUCUCGUCACGGAAAAGGCCCUUCUGAUGGGGCAGGAGCUGCUGUGAAAAGCUUUGUAAGAAGAGGUGUCCUUGGUCAGAAAGCAGUCGUAAACAAUGCACAGGAUUUUUUCAACUAUGCUCAAAAACUUGAAAAAGAUGAAGAACAUUCCAAAAGAACAUUGUUCCUUGUGGAUGAUAUCGACAGAAACAGGCCAGAUAGAACAAACACAAAAACUCUUGUUGGUACUAGAAAAAUACAAUGUGCUAAAACCGUGGAAAAGAACAAGAUUUCUACAAGGAAUCUCAGCUGCUUUUGUGAACCCUGUUUGAAAGAUACAGACCAUCCCUGUGAAAACUCUGCCUAUGUUGAAGGAUGGGUAACACAAGACCUAGAAGGUGUAGGAAGAGGUUGUGGUGGAGGUAGGACCAGAGGAGGACAUGGUAGAGUGAGGACCAGAGGAGGGCAUGGUACAGCCAGAACCAGAGGUGGGCGUGGCAGAGCUAGGACCAGAGGAGGGCAUGGUAGAUUACUGACCAGAGGAGGGCAUGGUACCGCCAGAACUAGAGGUGGGCGUGGCAGAGCUAGAAUUACCGGUACAUGUAUCGGGGGAGACAGAUUCUGAGGAGUCUAGUACAGAGUCUGUGUACUCUAGCAUGGAUGAAAAUGACUUGGCAAAUUCUGAUGACUCAAUUUGAUGACACAGGAUAUCUUCCUGACAGAGAAGAGAAUGUAGUCGACAACAGUUAUUCUGAAGAGGAAACCUUGCAUAUCUCUGGACAUAGUGGAAUUAUGGAGUCUUCAGGAUGAUAUGGCAAUGUCACCAGUAAUACCAGAUGUCAAUUUAAUUUUAAACUACGAAAUGAAG